CGCCUUUCAUACUCACAAAUGACAAUGAUGGACGGCAUUGUGACAAGCGGACCAGCUGGAGCGCCUCCUCCUGCACCUCCGGAGGACCCUAUCGAGCGUCCUCCUACUCCGCCCCCUCCUCCGCCGCCUGAACAUUCUCUUCCUCCUCCGCCUUCCGACGCGAGCGCGCCUCCACCCCCGCCAGAAGCAACUGCUCCCCCUCCUCCGCCGGAGGAUGCGCCGCCGCCUCCCCCAGCGCCAGUUGUUGAGAAGAAGAAGAGGGCAGGAUGGGGCUCGCAAAAGUCGACGACACCGUUGAGUGUGGAGGAGCUGUUGCGGAAAAAGAGAGAGGCGGAUGCGGCAGCUGCAAAGCCCAAAUUCCUUUCUCGAGCGGAAAGAGAGAGGCUGGCUCUCGAGAAACGAGCUAAAGAAGUCGAAGCCGAGCGACGAGCGAAAGCAGAGCGGGCAACAAAUGGCGCUGAUCGAAAUAGGGCGCGAUCACCUACAAGCUCGGACGGAUUGAAUGGCCUACCCAGGCCUGUUCCUACUGGACCACGAGCCAUGCGGAAUGGGGAGGUACCUACAGCGCGAGCGGCGAUGCGCAACUCGCAACCCAACAAGGACUACGACAUGCAGCCCCCUCCUCCACCGAAGCCUAUAUCGUUUGGUCCUCGGGAUUCAAAGGGAGAGAAGCGCCCAUUGGAUGAGGAGGAAGCUCAAGCUGCGCUCAUCAAGCAGCGGUAUAUGGGACAAGAUCAGACCUCGAACUUUUCGGCGAAGAAGAAGCGCAAGCGCACGACGGAAAGGAAAUUCAACUUCGAGUGGAAUGCAGAGGAGGAUACCAGUGCUGACUACAAUCCGCUGUACCAGAACCGUGCAGAGGUCAACUUCUUCGGCCGUGGCCGUCUGGCCGGUUUCGGUGACGAUGUCGCGGAUACCGUUGUGCGAAACUAUGCCAAAGCUCUAGAAGAGCGUGAUAAAGAAGCUGGAAGUGCGAGAGCCCGUGAGAUUUUGGAGAUGGAGCGGAGACGGAGAGAGGAGAGCAGCAAGGCCGCUCUCGACAAACAUUGGAGCGAGAAGAGAUUGGACCAGAUGCGGGAAAGAGACUGGCGUAUCUUCAAGGAAGACUUCAACAUCAGUACCAAGGGUGGAAGCGUGCCGAAUCCUAUGCGGUCAUGGGAGGAAUCGAACCUGCCCCGGCGGCUGCUCGAGCUUAUUGACAAAGUCGGAUAUAAAGAGCCGUCACCUAUUCAGCGUGCAGCUAUCCCUAUCGCCCUGCAGAACCGAGAUCUUAUCGGUGUUGCUGUUACUGGUUCGGGUAAGACCGCUGCAUUUUUGCUUCCCUUGUUUGUCUAUAUCGCAGAGUUGCCUCGGAUAGACGAGUUCGAGUGGAGAAAGGCCGAUGGCCCGUACGCCAUUAUUCUAGCUCCCACCCGUGAAUUGGCGCAGCAGAUUGAAAUCGAAGCCAAGAAGUUCGCGGGUCCUCUUGGAUUCAACGUCGUGAGUAUCGUUGGUGGUCACUCGCUGGAGGAACAAGCAUAUAGCUUGCGGAACGGCGCAGAGAUCAUCAUCGCUACUCCAGGUCGUCUGGUGGACUGUAUCGAACGACGCAUACUCGUCCUCAGCCAGUGUUGCUACGUCAUCAUGGAUGAAGCUGAUAGGAUGAUUGAUCUGGGUUUCGAAGAACCUGUCAACAAGAUCCUUGAUGCGCUGCCUGUCUCGAACGAGAAGCCCGAUACAGAAGAGGCAGAAGACUCCCGUGCGAUGAGCCAACACAUUGGAGGCAGGGACCGUUACAGGCAGACUAUGAUGUACACGGCAACUAUGCCCUCAGCCGUCGAGCGCAUUGCAAGGAAGUAUCUCCGUCGGCCGGCUAUUGUCACAAUCGGUAGUGCCGGUGAGGCAGUCGAAACCGUGGAACAACGUGUCGAGUUCGUCGCAGGCGAAGACAAGCGGAAGAAGCGCCUUGCAGACAUUCUCAUGUCAGGAGAAUUCCGUCCUCCGAUCAUCGUCUUCGUCAACAUCAAGAGGAACUGCGAUGCUGUCGCUCGCGACAUCAAAUCAUGGGGGUUUUCUUCGGUUACGCUACACGGAAGCAAGACUCAGGAACAGCGAGAGGCGGCUCUGGCCUCAGUUCGAAACGGCACCACGGACGUUCUGGUCGCGACCGAUCUCGCUGGACGAGGUAUCGAUGUGCCAGAUGUCAGUCUUGUCGUCAACUUCAACAUGGCCACGAACAUCGAGAGUUACACUCAUCGUAUCGGUCGUACUGGACGUGCUGGAAAGAGUGGUGUGGCAAUCACCUUCCUGGGCAACGAAGAUGCCGACGUCAUGUACGUAUAUUUCUUCCUUCUUUCCUUACAUUCCCCCCAUCCCCAUGCAUCAUUUGUUCCAUACAUUUUCCAUCCCAAAAACGUAGCCAGUUAUCUAACAUUCCAUUCCUAACAGGUACGACCUCAAACAAAUGCUCAUGAAGUCUUCCAUCUCGCGCGUUCCCGAAGAACUACGCAAGCACGAAGCAGCCCAAUCGAAACCUACUCGAGGUGCACAGAAGAAAAUCGAAGACAGCACUGGUUUUGGAGGAAAGGGUGGAUGGGCAUGACUGACCCUCCUCCGCAUAAGUAGUUAUCAUAUUUCAUUUCAUUCGCAGAUGUAAUAAUCACGC